AUGGGUUUAUCGCUUUUCCAGUUCAUGUUAAUGCGUUUGCUUUUAUUUUUCUCGCUGCUCCAUAUACUUGUGCUCGCUUAUGCUUCUCCUUUCAUGGAAAUCCUUUGCCGGGAUGAUGAGAGGGCAGCCUUGCUGCAAUUCAAGGAAAGCUUUCUCAUCAUUAAUCAAUCCAAAUCUCACGAUCCUUCUGCUUAUCCAAAGGUCUCAUCUUGGACACUGGAAGGAGACAAUCGUGAUUGCUGCUUAUGGGAUGGAGUUGAGUGCGAUGAUGACACAGGUCAUGUCAUUGGCCUCGACCUCAGUAGCGGUCGUCUCUUUGGUUCUCUUGCUCCCGACAGCAGCCUUUUCCGCCUUGUUCACCUUCAAAGGCUUAAUCUCGCCUACAAUCACUUUAACUACUCCCAAAUCCCGUCCCAGGUAAGUAAUCUUUCAAGACUCGCGGAUCUCAAUCUCUCUGCUUCUAUGUUUUCGGGUCAAAUUCCAUCACAAAUUUCACAAUUAUCACACUUGUCAUCCCUUGAUCUGUCCGACAACUAUGAUCUCUAUUCUGGAAAACAGCUUUUGAAACUCAAGUCUGGCUUAAUAAGCCUUGUCGGAAAUUUGACUCGCCUACAAUGGCUUCAUUUAAACUAUGUGAACAUAAGCUCUGUGGUGCCUCGUUUCUUGGCAAAUAUGUCAUCUUUAACGUCCAUCCAUCUUCAAUAUUGUGGAUUGCAAGGAAAUAUUCCAGUAGGCAUAUUUAAGCUACCAAAUUUGAAGGUUCUUGAUGUGGCUUACAAUGAAGGUCUCACUGGUUAUUUGUCUGAUCAGUUCACAUGGAGUAGCCCCCUUGAGGUAUUGAACCUCGCAUUCACGAGUUUUUUAGGUGAGAUACCCACUUCAAUAGGAAACCUGGGCUCCCUGAAUACGUUGGAUUUGCGGAGUUGCAACUUUUCGGGGUCCAUUCCCUCUUCACUUGGUAACAUCACAAGCCUCAUUUAUCUUGAGAUUUCAAAUAAUUCUUUCGUGGGUAAGAUCCCAUCAGCAGUUGGAAACCUCAUCCAACUCUCCGUUCUAGAUCUCUCCAUCAAUCAAUUGAUAGGUCGAAUCCCGUUUGGACUUGGAAAUCUAACACAACUGAGUUACCUUUCUCUACGCUACAAUCUACUUACAAGAGAAAUUCCUUUCCCUCUAAUGAAUCUCACAAAGUUAACUUCAUUAGAACUUGGGAACAACAACCUUCAAGGUCGAAUUCCAGAUUCAAUCUUUAAUCUCAAGAAUCUUAAAAACCUUGAUCUUGGUCGGAACAGCUUUAGUGGCAGUGUGGAGUUUGGCAAGUUCGUUAAGCUCAAAUAUUUAACUAUUUUGCGUCUAUCGAAUAAUCAACUAUCCGUACUUAUUGAAGAUGCCAGUGCCAAUGCGAGUCUGCCAAAGUUUCAGUUUUUGGGAUUAUCUUCGUGCAACUUGAACAAGUUUCCAGAUUUCGUAAAAAAUCAGGAUCGAUUGGUGUGUUUAGAUCUGUCCAACAACAACAUCCAUGGCACGGUACCGGAAUGGAUCUGGGACACGAGCAAAUUGAGUCUUCAGGUUCUUUGCCUUUCGAAAAACUUUCUAACAAGCUUGGGUCAACAUCCAGUGCCUCUUCCAUGGACUCGUCUUGUUGGUUUAGACCUCAGGUCUAAUUUGCUUCAAGGGUCACUUCCCAUUCCACCAGCCACCAUUUCUCAUUAUUAUAUGUCAAAGAACUCACUGACUGGAAAUAUUUCGGAAUUGAUUUGCAUUCUCACUUCUAUUCGAGUCCUUGAUUUGGCAAAUAACAAAUUGAGUGGUUCACUUCCUAGAUGUAUGCAAAACUUUGGUGCUUCUUUCGUAGUGAUUGACCUGGAAAGGAACAAGUUUCAAGGAAGCAUUCCACAAACAUGGACACAAGGAACCGAGUUAAGGAUAAUCAAUUUCAGACAGAACAGAUUCCAAGGACAGUUGCCAAGAUCUUUGGCCAAGUGUACGGCGUUGGAGGUUGCUGACUUCAGUAACAACAAAUUGCAUGAUAUUUUUCCCUCUUGGUUGGAAAAUCUUCCAAUUCUAAAGGUUCUCAAUUUGCGCUCAAACAACUUCCACGGUCAGAUAGGAGCAUCAAAAGCUGGCUAUAAGUUUCCCAAAUUGCGAGUCAUUGACCUUUCCCACAAUGGUUUUACUGGGAAACUGCCAUUAGAAACUUUUGGAAAUUGGAAGCAGCAGCCUCGUGAAGUUGCUAAUUCAGAUAUUUUGUCAUAUAUCCAAGUAAACUCAUCUGUCAUACCACAAAGAUAUUUGUGUAAUUCUUGGCUCUAUGAUUAUAAUUACACCAUGACAAUGACAAAUAAGGGAAUCGCUGUCUUUUACGAGAAGGUGCACCAAUUAUUGAAAGCCAUUGAUAUCUCGAGCAACAGAUUUGGUGGAGAAAUUCCAGAAUCCAUUGAAAAUUUAAGGGGGCUUCAUUUGCUCAAUCUUUCUAAUAAUGUUCUCACGGGCCACAUCCCACCAUCAUUAGCAAAUCUUUCAGAGCUUGAAUCAUUAGACCUUUCUGAAAACAACUUCUCUGGGGAGAUCCCACAGCAACUAACACAACUCACCUUCUUGGGAUUUUUCAAUGUUUCGAACAAUCUUCUCACAGGACCUAUACCACAAGGGGACCAGUUUGGUACAUUUGGAAACAAUUCAUAUGAGGGAAAUUCAGGGCUAUGUGGGAGACCUCUCUCAAAGGAUUGUGAGGAUUCUAAUGCUUCGCCAGCACCUCCUUCAUUCUCUGUUGAUCAAACUCAAGAAUCGGAAUCUCCAUUUCAAUUUGGUUGGGAAAUUGUUGCGGUAGGUUAUGCAUUUGGACUAGUUGUUGGAGUGACAAUUGGGCAUAUUGUGCUUACAAGAAAACAUGAUUGGUUCAUGAAGCAGCUGGCAAGAUAA